AUGAAUAAGAGAAAACGUCAAUUUAUUCAUGAUAUAGUAGAAUUUUAUGGUAUGGAAUCAUUUACUUAUGGUUUAGAAUCGAAUCGUUAUGUUAUGGUGAUUGCUAGACGUGGUUACUGUAAACUACCUGGUGGAGUUAUUGAUCAUCGAGGCAGUUUACUCAAUAUACUUAAACAAGAAUUUCCUAAUAAUAUCAACUUUCUUAAUGAAAAGCAUAAUUUAGAUGAGAAUAGUAAAAUUGAUUGUCAUCUAUUGCCUAUUUCAAAUAUAUCCACCGUAUCCUAUGCUCAGAUAUUACGUGGCCAACGCUUAGAAUAA